AUAACCCUUCCAAAUCUGUUCCCCCAUCUCCAUCUCAGAAACGUCAUUUUCGCCAUUUCAAAAACCUCAACCCGAAAAAAGAAAUCCAAUUUUUUUCUUAAAAACCCAAAAGGAAGAAACACAAAAACAGAGGAAAAGAUGAAAAGAAAAAAAAGAAAAAUGGCCCAUUGGAGCCAUCGAAAAAUCUGAACCAUCCAUUUUUCAAAAUCAACGGUUGCCAUCACUCGGCUGAUUCGUUACCAAUUUCCCAUUAUUUUCUUUUCUUCUCACUGUCUUUCUCUCUUAAGUGGUUUUUAUUUUUUAUCACAUCAUCAUAAACCCUAGCCUCCAUCUCUCUCCCCCUUUCUCUCUCUCUUCAAUUUUUUUUUUCCAAAAACAAGAUUUACAUAAAACUCCAUAACUCUAUUUUGACCCUUGCUUUACCUUCUUUCUCUCUCUUUAAUUUCUAGAGAGAGACCUAGCUUUAAAAAAAAAAAAAAAUUUCCUUUUGUUUUUCUGUUGGUUUGAUUUGUGGGAAUUUUUUUGGUUCUGAAUAUUUGGAGUUGAUCGAUCUUUGUGCGAUUGUCUUUUUUUUUUUUUUUUUUCUCUCUCUCUCGCUCUCUUCUCUUCUUUACUCGCUAUAUGGCGUAGUUAUCUGUACUUCCUUUUUUAGUAAAAAAUUUUAAACUUUUUUUAGCUGACUCAGAACGAUCUGAGUUCAACCGAGUUGUAGAAUUGGUUUUUUGUGUCUAGAUCCGCUUCUUAAGUGGAGGGUCAUCCUUUGGUUAUAUGUUUGAAAGCUUUCUGCUGCGUUCACGGGGUGCUUAGUUGAGCGGGGCUUUUAGGGGUUGGUUUUUGUUUUCAAUUGAGUUACCUCGUCUAUUCUUCUGGUAUCGACCGAGUCGACUCGGAGCGAAAUUACUGAGUUGACUCGGGGAGUUGGGGUUAAUUGGGAUCGAGCGAGGAGUUAGGUAUAAGCAGAAGAACCGAACGUUAAUGCCUACGGUGGGGAUGAGGCGGACGACAAGGUUUUUCAGGAUGGCGAAGGGCUCGGAGGCCCUGGUUCUUCGUUCCGGGCGGCGACUAUGGCCCGAUUCCGGUGAAGUAAAGCCCAAGAAGCCCAGUAAUGAAGGUGAUGAAUACUACCACUCGACCAAAAAAACCCCAAAGACUGAAGUAAAUAAAGCUCCUGCUGAGGUAAACGGGAAGCCCAAAAGAUUAGGCCACGGAGAGAAUCCAAAGAAACAAUCCAGGAAAAGGAAAGCUGAAGCUAUAAAUGAUGGUGGUAGUGUAGAUAGGAUGUUUGGGAUUGUUUAUACUAGGAAAAGGAAGAGAACUGAGGUUCAAAAGAGACCAUUUUCAGGGAAUUCAAAUCGGAGGAAGUUCAGGAAAAAGUUUAACAGAAAGCAGGUCAGUAAGAGGAGGAAGACCACCAGGAAUGUGGAAGAGUCAAGAAUGCUAGCUUUUGUUGUGGGAAAUGGAGAUUGUUAUGGCUGGUUUUCUAGUUUUCUGUGUUUGGUUUUGGGUUAUGUGAAAAGGACUGAAGUAAGGUUAUCUGAGCUUACUGCCUUUUUGAUGUCUCAGCCAAUAUCUGGUGUUUACUCUUCAAAUGGUGUUAAAUUCGUUUGGGGACCCCUUGCAAAUAGAACUGGAAUUUGCAAGUUUUCUGGGGCUAGGGAGUCUACUCCGUUGUUUUCUGUGGAUUUUUCUGCAGUUCCCUAUUGUUUUAUGCGUAUGCAUUGCAGUAUGAUUCUUAGAAUGAAGCGAAUGCAAUUAGUUCCUGUAAAUAGUGAUGAAAUAAUGAGUGACAGUGAAGAAGACGAACUAUGUGUAACCUCUGUUAUCGAUGUUUCCAAGAGUGUGACUGGUUCUACUGUGGUUGAGAUUGAUAAUCUCGGGAGCAAGGUUGUUUUGCAUCCAUCUGUUAGAGCUUCCAAACUAACAGGGCGAAAUGCUCAAUAUAGAAAUGGUCUGAGUUCUCGCAGUAUUCAAAAGAGUAGGAGUUCACUGAGGAGAAAGAGAGCUAGAAAUCCUUCACAUGUUUGCGCACACAAGGCUAAUGGAGCUCUAAUGUCUGAUUUGAUCAUUAGUAGAAGAAAUGGGAUUCCUUUUUCUUCUGUAGUUUCUAAAAACAAGCUUAGGAGUUCAGUCCUCGAUAGUUCUGCAGCUAACUUAAGUGAUGUGAGCUCUUCUAUAUCAGAUUUAAUGCAGAAUGUAGAUUCAUCUCUGUGCUCUGCCAAUAUAUUGGUCAUUGAACCCAACAGAUGUUACAGGGAAGAAGGAGCCAUUGUCACUUUAGAGCUCUCUGCAUCACAAGAAUGGCUUCUUGUUGUACAAAAAGAUAAGUCAACUAAGUAUGCAUUCAAGGUGGAUAAAUUUAUGAGGCCCAGUUCUUGCAACCGUUUCACUCAUGCUAUAAUUUGGACUGGGGAUGAUAAUUGGAAGCUUGAGUUUCCGAAUCGUCACGACUGGGUCAUUUUCAAGGAUCUUUACAAGGAAUGUUAUGAGCGCAAUGUGCCUGCUUCAACUGUUAAGGUAAUCCCCGUGCCUGGGGUUCGUGAAGUUUCAGGGUCUGAAGAUAGAUACAGUGUACCAUUUCGCCGACCAGAUUUGUAUAUCUCCUUAGAUGGGGAUGAGGUGUCUAGAGCCUUGGAAAAGAGGACUGCAAAUUAUGACAUGGACUUGGAAGAUGAGGAAUGGUUAAAGAAGUUCAAUAAUGAGUUUUUUUCUGGAAAUGGGCAUUGUGAGCUUCUUUCAGAGGAUUGUUUUGAGUUGAUGGUCGAUGCUUUCGAAAAGGCCCAUUUCUGUAGUCCAUAUGAUUACUCUAAUGAGAAUGCUGCUGCUCGUCUCUGUCUUGAUCUGGGUAGUAGAGGAGUGGUUGAAGCUGUUCAUGCCUACUGGUUGAGAAAAAGGAAGCAGAGACGAUCAACGCUGCUUAGAGUUUUUCAGGGUCAUCAGGUCAAGAAAGCUCCACUAGUUCCUAAGCCUUUUCUACGUAAAAGGAGGUCAUUUAAUCGUCAGGCUAGUAGUGGAAGAGGCAAGAAACCAAGCUUGUUGCAAGCACUGGCAGCUGAACAUGAUGCCAUGGCAGAACAGAAUGCCAUGGUUAAAGUUGAAGAGGCUAGAGUUUCAGCAAACAUAUCUGUUGAAUCGGCUAUCCUCAAACGCCAACGGGCGCAGUUAUUAAUGCAAAAUGCUGAUAUGGCUACAUACAAAGCCAUGAUGGCACUCAGAAUUGCUGAAGCUGCUCUAGUGACUGAAUCUUCAGAGGGUGCAGUUGCUCAAUUUUUUGAUUGAUGAGAUGUCUCAGCUAAUUGGGAUGUUUGACGGAAUCUGGGUAUUUGAUUUCCCGGGGAAUCACUGCCUCAUUGCUGUUUUUAAGCCCACGUAGGACGACUUUGGAAAUGUAAUAUUGUAUAGCUUUAAAUUGAAUGUACAUUCUGUAUCAUUAUAACUUCAUACCAAAAUUUUUUUGCCAGAUAUUUGGUAGAGAAAUCUGAAAAGAAGAAAAUUACAUGAAAUUUUGAGCCUGUAGUUGAAGGUCUGGUCUUUUACAUAUUUUGACAUCAUUGAUGCAUUUAUAUGGUUUUUAUCAACUUUUAGUACGUUAUAUUACAAGCUUUAUCUUAUUAAUAAGAAAUUUAGAAAGUUUAGUUGACUUUAGAAAGAAAGACCUAGAAAGAUAUGAAGAACUAGAAAUUUUAAUAGAUGAAUGAUUAUUUGCUGUUGAUCACGUGAAUG